AUAUAAAGAGUUUAUUUGUGGAAUUUUAAUGCUUUCUAAUUCUAUUUAGAGAUAUAAUUUUACCAGAAUUUUCAAGUAAAGUUCCCUUUCCAGAUUUUGAUGUUGGAAAAUCAAAGGGUGCAAUAUGUUCUUGCCGCAGCAUUUUCUUCAUACUGCUUUUUAAUUAAAUUUUACUUUAUCAAAAAAAAAAGAAAAAAGUAGGGUGCAAUAUGUGGCAAGUUUUCCUUAGUAUUUCUUUCAUUACAAAUACAUACUAUUCAAUACGUUUCAAUUUAUGUGAUACACUUUCCUUAUAAGUCUGCUCCAAAAAGAACGACACGUACAUUUUUAUAUUUGGAAAAAAUUAAUUUAAACUUCCCAUUUUACUCUUAAUAAAAAGCUUUUAUAGCCACACAAAUGUUAGCAUGUUUAUGACCAUAAGUUUCAAAAGUCUUAUAACCACAUAAAUGUUAUGACAUAUUUAAGAUUACAAGUUUCAAAAAUCUUUAUCUUUUUUUUAAAUUCCGUGUCAAAUCAAACUAUGUCGCAUAAAUUGAAACGAGGGGGUAGUUGCUAUCGAUUUACUUUAGAAAGUAGCUUUCAUCUUAUAGCAUCUCGCUUGUUGUGGAAAAUACGUUGUUGGUUUGGUCUUCAAUGGGUAAUGCCAAGCAUGGUCAAAGAAGUUCCGUUUGGCUGGACCUUAGUUGCUCCACGAGCACUGAUGUGGACCGUAUGGAGAGAGAGUAAUAGGAUUGCUUUUGAUAGAAUUGAGAAGGAUUUUGUACACUUGAGGAGUAGCCUUUUAUCCCUUAUUUCCUUUUGGCGCACCCACACGAUUCCUGUAGUUAUAGAACAUCGUUCGUGCAGAACCAUAGUUUUUUGUGCAUUGAGGGUGAAGGAUAGAUAGUUGUAAGAGAUUAAUAACCUGAAAAUAUGGGUACCAGAUCUAGUAAAGACUAUUGUUUCACUAAUCUUUAACCAAAUUCUGAGGAUUAGAGAUCAAAGAUUAUAAGUAGUGAAAAACCAUAUGUAGUAACAUUGAUGACAUGAGCAUGAAAUAGACACAAUGCUUUUUAAAGCUACAAAAAACUCUCAAAUCUCUUUUUAUAUGAUCAAUUCAUAGAAUCGAUUGAGAUUUGAGACAGUGAUGACUGAAAAUCUACCUGAUGUUCUCUCUGUUUUUGCCUUCCUUUUUGCAACUUUAUUGAUCAUAUUAUAUAUACCAUUGACGUCUUGCAACUUGCAGCUUUCAGGUCAUAAUUGGAAUAGAAUAGAUAUGGCUUAUGCUAGUAUUGCUUCUCUUAUGAGAACAAUAGAACUACUCUUGACAUCCAAUUCGCCAAUGCAAUCUCUAAUUUGUGACUACAAAGAAGAAUUUCUCGCUCUUCAGGGAAAAGUUAGUUCUCUGGAAGUAUUUCUCAAGAAUUUUGAGAAAAGCAAUGAUACUGAGAAAAUGGCAUAUUUGGAAUCGCAGAUAAAAGACGUGACAAAUGCUGUGGAACACACAAUUCAACUGAGACUAACAGAAGCUGUAAUGGCAAAUGAUGAAAUACAGAAAGAAAAGGAACAUAAGAGGCUUUUUGAUAGCCUAAAACAAGUAGCAGAGGAGAUUGAUCAUGUCCAGAAUGAGUCACCAAACAUUCAAGAUUAUAAUACGGCCAGCCAUUAUCAAAGGAAAUGGUUGCUGGAAAAACUGACACAAUAUGGUGGCUCGUCUGGUAACCUCAAAGUCAUCUCAAUCAUCGGGAUGGGGGGCAUUGGUAAAACGACUUUAGCAAAAGAAGUUUACGAUUAUGAAUCAAUUCGAUCUCAUUAUGAUGUUCGUGCCUGGACUACUGUAUCUCAACAUUAUAAUGUAAAAGAUAUCCUGGAAAGCCUUCUGCAUUCCACAAUGCGUGACAGAUUUUACAUGGGUGACGAGUCAGAGCUAGCAGACAUGCUACGAAAAAGUUUAAUAGGUAGGAGAUAUUUAAUUGUCAUGGAUGACAUGUGGAGCAGUAACGCAUGGGAUGACGUGAGACAUUGCUUUCCAAGUUACAACAAUGGGAGCCGAAUAUUGUUGACUACCCGUAACAAAGAAGUAGCUUAUUAUGCUGGUACAGAGAAUCUUUCUUUGCAGAUGAACCUCAUGGACCCAGAUGAGAGUUGGAACCUUGCCAAAAGUAUGGUGUUUGCAAAUGAAGCAUUUCCAUAUGAGUUCGAGACUAUUGGGAAGCAAAUUGCAGAGUAUUGCACAGGGUUACCACUAGCUAUUCUCGUGAUUUCUGGGCUUCUCUCCAAAUCUAAAAGGACAGUAGAAGAUUGGGAAAAUAUUGCUGAAGAUGUCUUGUCAUUUGUCACAAAAGAUCCAUAUGAACGAUAUGUACAUGUGCUUGGGUUGAGUUACAAUCACUUAACCAGUGACCUAAAAGCAUGCCUUCUGUAUUUUGGGAUUUUUCCAGAAGACAGUGAGAUUUCGGUGAAGAGUUUGGUGAGAUUCUGGAUGGCUGAGGGCUUCCUGAAGUCAGAAAAAGAUUUGGAAAGAGAGGCUGAGAAGUGCUUACAAGAUCUUAUUGACAGACAUCUAGUUCUUGUCUGCAAGAAAAGUUUGGAUGGCACAAAAAUUAGAUCAUGUAAGGUUCAUGAUCUAAUACAUGAGCUGUGCUUGAGAGAAUUAACUCAAAGCCAAGACAUUUUUGUCAUGAAAGACAUUGUUUUUGAUAAAUCAUAUGAAGAUGAUGAUUUGGAUGAAGGUGAUGAUUCGGGUGGAGAUGGAGAUUCAGAUGCAAAAAAAGCUCAAAGCCAUGCUUUUCCUCUAGAGAGUCAUCAUCUCAGUACACAUAAAAUGCAGCCCUUUAAGCGAUGGACUGAUGAUGGAAUGUGUUUGGCCCUUCUUACUCCCGAACAUGAUCAUUUGAUAAGCAGGCAGACAGAUGAUGAUGAUUACACUCUCUUGAAACGAACUCGUUCCAUUUUCUCUUUUUGUCUUAAUUCAACUUUUACUAUAAAUCCAGAGCUUAUUCAUUUUAGUUUACUUAGAAUCUUGGACUUGGGUACCACAAAGUUAAUAAGUUUCCCUCCACAUGUACUAUGUCUCAUUUGGUUGAGGUACCUAGCAUUGUCUGGCACUGGCGAGGAUUUUUACGUUCCUCCAGAAAUUUGCAGAUUAUGGAAUCUGCAAACACUCAUUAUUGUUAAAUUGAAUUUUCCUGGAGAUGUGACUUUUACGGAGAAAAUUUGGGAACUAAUGCAAUUAAGGCAGCUCAGACUACAUAAAUUUUAUUUGUCAAAUCCUCCAAGGGAAUCUGAUGACGAGGAGAGCUACUUGGCUUUUUCAAACAUACAUACUAUUUCUGGCUUGUCUCCAAGUAGUUGCACAAAGGAGGUUAUUUCAGGGAUUCGGAAUGUUAAGAAGUUAGUAAUCUGUGGAUAUGCCAAUGACUAUGAAAUCUUUCAACGAUCUGGACUUUUCAACAAUCUUGCCCAUCUGCAUCAACUUGAAACAUUGAGUGUUGAACUUGUUCGUAAGUGGGACUCACCAGCGACUAUUCCAAGUAUAGCAGCUUUUCCAGCAACACUGAAGAAGUUGAAGUUGGUCUCAACUGGUGUAAACUGGGAGGACUUGAACAUCGUAGGUGAGUUGCCUAACCUUGAGGUGCUGAAGCUGAUGCGGAACGCUUGUAUUGGCAAAGAAUGGUAUCCAAUUGAAGGAGGAUUUACUCGAUUGAAGCUUUUGCUAAUUGUGCAUUGUGAUCUCAAGUACUGGAAAGCCACAGAUAUUUACUCACUGCAACUCAUUGAGUUAACUGACUGUACAACCGAACUCGAGGCUUCUGCUGCACGAAUUCAACAAGAACAAGAAGACCUUGGAAUCAAACCCGUGGAUGUUCGUAUCUCAUCUAAUUAAAGCGGAAGUUAUUUGGGAAAAUGACACUUUAUAGCCACUUUCAAUAUAAUAGUAAAAAAAAUGUAUAUAUUUUGUAUACUUUUUGUAUAGAUAUACAUUUUGUAUGUUAUAUAUAAAAAUUAUACAAAUUUUAUACACUUUUGGCUAUUGAAUGUAAAUAGUUUCUGGCACGGGCUAGAAGUGAUAAUACCCCAAGUUAUUUCGAUUCAGAGCGACAUUAGCUAAGGUAUUUAAGAGCAGAAGGAUUGAAGUUCAUUGUUCCAAUUUAUCAUUACGUUACCAGGUUUUAGCAAUACUAUAUGGUUUUCAAGGAGAUGUUAUGUCUCUAAAUUGUAAUAAUGGGUCUAAGUUUUAUAUUACCAUACUUUGAGUUUGCAGAA